AUGGCCUUUUGGAGGGCGCCCAGUGGUCCGCCCAAGGGCUUCAAGGACCUCGAGCGCUGGUGGACAACGGACACCGUCGCCGUCGUGACCGGCGCGAACAAAGGCAUCGGGCACGAGGCCGCGCGACAGCUCGCCCGCGAGGGCCUGAAAGUGGUCGUGGCGGCGCGGAACCCGGCCCUCGGGACCGCCGCGGUGGAGCGCAUCAAGGGCGAGUUCCCGGAGGCCCCCGUGGUGUUCCGGCAGCUCGACAUUGCGGACCCGCAGUCGGUGGCGGCGUUUGCUGCGUGGGCGGGGGAGGAGCUGGGGAAGAUCGACAUUCUGCUGAACAACGCGGGCAUGGCGUUCAAGGGCGACACGUGGGGCGCGGACGAGUGCCGCCAGACCUUCGCCGUCAACUACUACGGCACGAAGCAGACGACGGAGGCGCUGCUGCCGCUCAUCCCGGCCGGCGGGCGCGUCGUCACCGUCUGUUCGCGCGCGGGCCUGUCGUCCAUCCUCAAGACGAAGGAAAACCUCGCGAAGUGGCAGGCCGCGGCGGCCAGCGGCGACCGCGACGCCGUGGACCCGCUGGCCGAGGAGUUCCUCCAGGCCGUCGCCGCGGGGGACUACGCGCGAAAGGGCUACCCGCAGAGCAUGUAUGGCAUGAGCAAGCUGGCCGAGGCGUGCUACACGCGGUCUCUGGCGAAGCGCGCGGCGGAGAAGGGCGUCGCGGUGUCGUGCUGCUGCCCAGGGUACGUUGCUACGGACAUGAGCUCUCAUCGCGGGCCGAAGACCGUCGAGCAGGGCGCGGACACGCCCGUGUGGCUCUGCCUCGCGCCGGAGGGGGCGAAGGCCGGCGAAGGGCUGUUCUGGGGCGAGCGGGAGCUGGUGCAGCCGUGA